AUGGUGAGGCGAAACAUCUGUGAACGGGAGAUGACGGGCCACUUUGCCGAAAUAGCGGAGGAACUCAUCGAAGUUACGAUAACGGGCAAAUCAGACGGGCUGGCAGCCUCUGGUCAAGAACAACGCAACGCCCGGAACGAGGAAGCCAGUCCUCAAUGGAAGUCUGUCAAGAUUUUGCUGGAGGCGACAGAAAAGGUAGCCUUCCUUACGGCGAGCAACAAGUCAGGCAAACUGCCCUACAGCAUCAUACAGCACGCCGACGAACUCCGUGUAAUGGGGACCGAGUAUCUGGAUAUGCUUCACGAGGAGACUAAUCUCAGCGUCAGCAAGGCAGCCGUGGAUGCAGGCCUGCGCGGCGGUUUCCCGAAAAAAUUGGCUUCCGAAGUUUCUAGCGCACUCGAUUACCUCGUCUUCAAUCUCGGGACGCCAAGGCAACUAAUCGAGGCCCUGGCCCAUGUUGACUACGGUCUCGAAGCAAUCGGCGGGGGCAACUCCCCGCAGGUCAAGGUCGGGCGGGAGGCUCUGGAGCGGGUCAUGGUGGCGCUGGGGGAUCAAGAGCUCAAGGUUCUCGUUCACGACUGGAAGACGAGCCAUACCUCGGAUUGCCAGCAAUGGGUUGAUACUGUGGUGAGAGCGGAGAAAAAAAGAGGCUGA